CUGGGGGAGGGAGGAGGCACGGAGCACGAGUUAUUCUCGGAGCAGCGCAGAGCCUGUUGGCCGUGCCGCGCAUUAGCCUGCGCGUCACCGACGGCUCCGACGCAAGUCAAAUCGGCUCCUGCGGCGGCGGCGGCGACGCGGAGAGCAUCAGAGGAGCCCCCAGUCCCCGCCAGGCUGCUCACCGGACAACAGCCGCCUCCCCUGCCGGACAUGAAAGUGCAGCAGGGCUGCAACUCGACAGACAUGGGCAUCCCGGUCACAACCGAAGAGGAGCUGCGCAGGAACACCGUCAUAACGCCCGAGGACGUGCUCGGGCUCCAGAAGAUCACCAAGAAUUAUCUUUGCUCUCCAGAGGAAAAUGUCCACAUGAUCGACUUCACCAGGUUUAAGAUCCGUGACAUGGAAACGGGGACGGUCCUGUUUGAGAUUACCAAACCUCCAACACCAGCAGGAGGUAAAAAGCAUUGCGACCCCAACGCCGGACGUUUUGUCCGAUACCAGUUCACCCCAGCCUUCCUGCAGUUGCGGCAGGUUGGAGCCACGGUGGAGUUCACGGUGGGUGACACCCCCAUAAACAACUUCCGCAUGAUUGAGAGGCACUACUUCCGCGAUCAGCUGCUCAAGAGCUUCGAUUUCGAGUUUGGCUUCUGCAUGCCCAGCAGCAAGAACACAUGCGAGCACAUCUACGAGUUCCCCGCACUGUCAGAGGAUAUCAUGCGUGAGAUGAUCCUGCGCCCUUACGAGACCCAGUCUGACAGCUUCUACUUUGUGGACAACAAGUUGGUGAUGCACAACAAGGCAGAUUACUCCUACAGUGGGGGGCCAUAGGGAAGAGCCCCACCCUCCACCCUCUACUCCUCCCUGUUCUAGACAUUUUCCAUGAUCCAGGUUACACUUCAGGACCAGAAACAGACAGACUGAUGGACAAAUCACUGGUGUUAAAAAUACAAUUGUCUCACUCCUCGUUAACUCCCUAUAUUUCCAUUCAGGUAUUCAGCCGCCGGGCUGAUUGCAUUUCUCCCUCUGCCCCCUUUUUUUGCAGACACAUAGAAUUCUGUCAGUUGUAUCAUCAGUUUGCAUCAGUGUGUGUGUGUGUGUGUGUUUGUGUGUGUGUGUGUGUGUGUGUGUGUGUGUGUGUGUGUGUGUGUGUGUGUGUGCGUGCGUGCUUGUGUGUUGUGUGAGGGUGUGUGGGUAGUAAACACAUGCAGUGUCUGUACAUACUGUGGAUUUCAGUCUGCACAUGUGGGCUCCACUUGAUCAUCAGGAAAACCGGAUUGAUUUACAUGUUGUUUGUUUUCAUAGCUGCUGAUAUGAAGAGGAAAAGGAGACAGUGAGUCGUGUUUGUCCUGAAACACACCAUGAGACGAGGAGAGAAUUUAAGUUAGCCUAAAAGAAAAGUUUAAUAAUCCCUUUGGAUGUAUGUUUAUAUAGUUUGUAUAGGAAUCUCAUUACAUUUUUACUAAAGGUUCUCAGAUUUGUAGACAUCAUUCACAUCCGAAUGAUUCAGUCCUCCUCCUAUGAGCUUUGUCAUUGUUCAGUUGAACGACAAACGAGAUGUGUACUUUGUCUAUGUGAAUGUGUCAUAUGUUUUAUGUUUUUUGGUCCAUAGUACAACUACGUCAGGAGUACAUAGCCAUUUUGAAGUGUCAGACACAUUAGCCAAGAGUCAACAGUUAGAUACCAAUUUUGAUAUCCAGUACGUUUGCUGUAGUACUGACCACUAUGUAUACUGUAUGAUAAAUGUUUUAAGUAUGGAAUUAAAAAGUAUGUAAGGUUUUGACAGCUGAAAUACCAUCACUGCAAUAAAUAUGGGAUUUUUUCAA